AUCAGGCAUCGUUAAUCGGUUUACAUAGAGUAGGCUAGCUAGAUAAGGAAGAGGAAGAUAUAUCGUGUAUUCGGGAUGUGUAGCCGAGUUGGAACUGUCUAGAAAACGUGAUUAUAUGUUAGGUGGCUGGAGAUAUUCACAGCAGAAGAACUGUCCGAGUUUUCGAGUGCUGAAACGGAAGCAAGCGGAGCGGAGCGGAAAACGGGCCGCACUGGAUAGGGACGCAACAGCCGCGAGCGCGGUCAGCGUGUGUCUGUCUGUUGCUAUUUCAGAGGUGUGUUCAGAGGGGGCAGGUGUGUUCAGAGGGGGCAGGUGUGUUCAGAGGGGGCAGGUGUGUUCAGAGGGGGCUGGUUCUCUUGGCAUGUCGACCACUAAUAAGGGAAACAAGGCCUUGAAGGUGAAGAGGGAGCCGGGGGAGAAUGGGACCACCCUGACAGAUGAUGAGCUGGUGACUAUGUCCGUCCGGGAGCUCAACCAGCACCUCCGCGGCCUCACCAAGGAUGAGAUCCUGCAGCUUAAACAGCGCCGGCGCACCCUGAAGAACCGUGGCUACGCCGCCAGCUGCCGGGUCAAACGGGUCACCCAGAAGGAGGAGCUGGAGAAGCAGAAGUCACAGCUUCAACAGGAAGUGGAUAAGUUGGCGUCGGAGAACGCCAGCAUGAGGGCGGAGCUCGAUCACCUGAGGUCGAAGUACGAGGCGCUACAGAGUUUUGCAAGGACUGUGGCGAGGAGCCCGGGAGUGGGGUUAGGGGUCGGUGGUCAGAGGGGAGGUGGUGGGGUCGGGUCGGUGAUCGGGCCACUCAUACCGGGAAAGUGGCGGCGACGAGUGUCAUCACGAUAG